AAUUUCCUCCUUUUUCCCCGCGCAGUUUGGGUGCGCGACGGGUUUGAAAUAUACGUAGUUACAAAUAGAAAAUAUUUGCUGAAUUUAUUUAAAUCUAUAAAACGGGAAAUAUACGUCAUUCAUCAUGACUAUAUUAACGAAGCCGAAUGCUUUCAUCCAAAUAAAGAAGGACAUGACAAAAUGUCCCGUGCCCGACGAAACUAUUUUAGUGGAGGAGGAGAAGGUGGAAACCUACACCCCUAAGCCGGCCCCAUGCGGCGGCGUGAGCGUGGGGCUGAUGGUGAUCCUCCUCUCCGUGGUGGGGAUCUACUCUGGGAUGUACCUGUUCCGGCGCUGCCUGCAGCCGCAGCCGCGCUAUCAGGGUUUCUGCUCCAUCCCUAUUGAUACCAAGCAGGUACGUUCGUCGGCCCUGAUCGAGCCGAACUACCGCAUGCUCCCCAUCCGCUGGUCGUCCUCCCCCGACCCCGACGUGCAAAUAUUCGCGCCCGACGACUCCGCCGCCAACGAGGUCGCCAACUUCCUCCGCGAGGAGCUGGAUAUCGGCGACGAGGUGGAGAAGAUCACCGUGUUCGAUAAUGGACGGCAGACCAGCUUCAUUCACGACUUUGGCGCUAACUUUACUGGCAUAGUGGACACCGACCGCUGCUUCACCAUGGAGCUCGACCCUCAACUGGUCCUGGCUCCGGAAGCCUUCGUGCUGAGCAUCCAGCAAGGCGGCGACUUCGACGUGACCCGCGUGCGCUCCACGCUCCGCGCCCUGCUGCCUGCUCUGCCGCGCCGAAUUCUUCCGGAACUGUGCCGCGCUAAGCCUGUCUACCGUCUGCAGAGCUCCGAGACAACCAUUCGCAAACGCUCUGUGGAGCCGCUGGCCGACUACGUCCAGUUCUCCGGCCGCCACAUCCACGAGAUCGAGAUCGAGAACCUCAAUGAACUCAUUCAGAACGAGAAGGAGAACUAAACUCUCCCCCGGCGUCAGCGGAGUCCGACAGGAAUGUAAGUUCACACGAUACGAAACAGUUGAUUAGUUAAUUUUUCAUGCUUAGAGUCGGACUUAGCUAACUCCACACAAACUUUGCAAAUAGCAUGUGUGGAGGAGGAUAUGUGGGGACAAUUACAUUACAAGGCAUUGCAGGAAAUCUAGAACCGUAUGGGUGCCCGUCAUAAAGAAAGACCUCAAAAACCCAAAUACGGAGCCAGAGACGACCCAGAAAAUACCACUUUCGAAACUAAAGAUUAGAAGAGCCGACCCCAAAUAAAGAUGGAAAUAAGGCCUGAAGAAGAAGGUUGAGACAAUUAUAAAUUUUGACAUGCAAAGAUGGGUGCAGAGUUAGCUUGUUUCGACUAUACUAAAAUGACAAUUUGAUGGUGACAAAUUUUCCAACGGAUCUGUCAAUAAAGGUACAGAAGCAUAAUGAUUUGGUAGUAAUUGCAAAAUUGAACUGUCAUUUUAGAUUUAGAUGGGAUAGAAAUACUAAAAUAGCAAAAAAUAGGGUUGGUUACAGAAAUCAGUGGCGAGGCGUUUACAAAAGUCGAUUCUAGCAAGACUCAUUUGAAGAUUAAUGUAGACCUAAAGGAUCUAGCUGCUAGCUUUAAAAUUAACAACAGAGCCAAGCUCUUACCUACACAACUAGAAUCUUUUAGUAUUGAUAAACCUUAACAAUAUUCAGACAGAAGCUUACAAACUUAUGAUCAGAUUUCAAUAGUGAAAGAUAUUCAGUAAAGGAUGUUGCUGGUUUGUUACUGAUUCCCAUUUCCAAACCAGAACAUCCUGUAAGAUUUAAGAAAUUUAAAUACAUUGAAUGGGGUCUUGGCAUUGAAUGAAGCACCUGGUUUUCCUGGUGAGGAAUAAAAGUGAUUUGAUUUAGAAAA